AUGAGUAUUCCUGGGAGCGGCGUCGAUAUGUCUGCUCUGAUGUCGCAGCAUCCGGUCUUGGGGGCUAUCCCCCCAGCCUUCUUCCUGCGGGCCUCGGAGAGGUACCAGCGAACCCCAAAGUGCGCCAGGUGCCGCAACCACGGCGUCGUCUCGGCCCUCAAGGGUCACAAGAGGUACUGCCGGUGGAGGGACUGCAACUGUGCCAAAUGCACCCUCAUAGCGGAGAGGCAGAGGGUGAUGGCAGCCCAGGUGGCCCUAAGGAGGCAGCAGGCUCAAGAGGAGAAUGAGGCUAGGGAGUUGGGGAUCCUCUUUCCGGCUCCUGUGCCUCAGGCAGCUUCGGAGGCUCCAGCUCCAAGUCCGUCGGUAACUGCUCCAGCUGAUGUGGGAAUGUCGCCUUUGAUGCAGAGGAGUUCGUUCACUACUGCGUCUGAUUCGUCGGAAGCGUCUAGUCCAAGUGAUUUCUACUUGCCCAUGUUAUAA